UUCUAAUGUCUGGGAGCUCAAAGUGGAUUGCUAAAAUAAACAGCUGAUUUGUAACGAUUUGGAACCUCGCUCUUUAUAAGAGGAUGAACCACAUAGAAGUUGUCGUCCCAUUUGGAAAUAUAUGUAUGCAUACUACCUUCCUCAAUGACAUUAUAGACAUUUCAUCUUUAUUCCUGUAGAAAUUGCUUUAGGGUCUGUUUGACAAAACAGAAACUCAUUAUUCAAAUUUAUGGAAAUAUGAAUAACACCAUUGCCAGAUAUGAAUUAUAUAUUAUACGGAUAUGUAUUUUUCUGUGCAUGUUUGAUUAUAUUUUAUAAAAAAAGGCGGCAAACAAUGCAUCACACAAUUCCCUAUCUUUCUCUCUCUAAUUCCAUUCAAAGGGUAGCAUCUUGUGACGAGACCAAAUCACGAGUCUCAAAACCAAGCUCUCUCUCUCUAAUAUCCACAGUGCAAUUCCACUCUCUUUCUCGACCCAUAAUGCAGUUUCUCUCUCUAGAUCUGCAAUGUACCCCAAAUGCCAAGCUCGUUCUUCUUGGCCCUACAAACAAGACACAAGGUUCCCUAUUUGAGCUCUUGCAAUCCCGGAGAAAACAAAGGACUUCCUUCCUUGAAAUCAGAAGAGAAAAUACUGAGGCCUCAAAAUCUACAUAAAGAGUAGGCAAAGAUAGAUAAGCAAGCAUUGCCAAAACCUUCCUCUCCAUUUCUGCUAGGUGACCUCGAAAGCCUAUUGGUCCACCACUUUCAUGGCGUACUAGAAAUCCCCUCCUCUCAAUCUAGAGAGAGAAACAUUGCCAAUAUUGACUGUUCCAACCUCCUUAUUAGUCUAAAACCUAAAAUUGAGACCACCAUGCUUGAUUUUUGCAGCUUUAAUGGCUGCCAAUGUCGACUGAUCCAACCUCCAAAUCAGUCUAAAACCUAAAAUUGAGACCCCCAUGCUUGAUUUUUGCAGCUUUAAUGGCUUCCCAGGCUGAGUCGUGGGUUUUGUGGGGCUUCAAUGGAAUGACCAGAAUUUUAUUUUCUGAUUUCUGGCAAUGUUUUCCAAGGAGAGGUGGCUCAAGAGGCUCACUGUCGCAGUCUGAUGAGUAGUCGGACAUUUUCUUGUAGGAUGGUUUAGAGAGAGAGAAGUGGGAUAGAGAGAGGGUUUUGGGAAGAGUGGUAUAAUAGAAACAAAAUCCAAAAAUUCCAAUUUUUGAAAAGGCCACAGUAGAAAUAUUGCUCUUUCCUUGAAAGCAAAAUGUAACAAGAUAGGAAAGUAUAAUAACAAGAAAGGAAAAUGUAUAUUACACCAUUGUAUUACUAUACAAUGAAAGAACCACCACAAGAAAAAGUGUGGGGCAUAAUUAUUUUUUCCAAGAGUUCAUCUCUCUAAAAUUUCUUUAUGGUAUCAGAGUGAUUAUCGAUCCCAAUCUCAUCUUCCAUGUUAGUUGUUCCUCUAUUGAAUGUAAGUCUCUCUCUCUCUCUCAAAACACUAUUGUCCUUCCUGUUACAUAUCCGUUUUCUCACUUCAUAUUUCCCAACCAACUUUUUCAAUUUGUUUGCAAAAUUUGUUCCUUGCAAUUUUUGUAUCUCUCUCUUGAAAAUUUUGUCCCUUACAAAUCUCAAUUGGUUUGCAAAUUUUCCAUCGUGCAAACAAUAAAUAAAUUGGCCUUUCAAUUGCGUUUCAAAUCUCCCCCCCUUGCAAACCAAAUUCCGUACCUUUGCAAAAAAAAUUGGCCUUUCAAUUGGUUUGCAAAAUUCAUCCCUUUGCAAACCAAAUUUCAGCAAAUAAAAUUCCGUCACUUCGCAAAUUUCAGCCCUUUACAAACAAAAUUUAGUCUCUUUGUUCCAAUGAAUACUAUCUCCUCAAUGUCCAAGUAUCCCUAUCCUUCCACCCUUAAUAUACGAAACUUUGUGUUUAUUAAGUUGACACAUAACAACUAUCUAUUAUGGGAAACUCAAAUGCUUUCUCUCAUUGAGAGUAAAGAACUUUUUGGAUUUAUUAAUGGUGAUUGUCUUACACCAAGUCAAAAGAUUACCUCUCCUGAUGGUAAGAGUGAAAUAAAAAACCCAGAGUACAAAUCAUGGCUAAAGUCCGACCGGCUUGUUAAAGCCUGGAUCACAUGGACAUUAUCAGAAGAGUGUCUUGGCCUUGUUGUUGGCCUCAAGACUUCUGUAGAAGUUUGGAAAUGCCUGAAAAAUACCUAUGCAAGUAAUUCUCAAGCUAGGGGAGUUCCAACUUACCCAGCAAGUCCAACUCUGUAAUUCCCUAUCAGAAUACAUAUGGAAAUUCAAGAGUAUAUAUGAUGAUUUGGCGGCUAUUGGAAAACUUGUACUAGCUAAAAAUAAGGUCUUCUGGCUUCUUAAUGUACUUGGUAAAAAAUAUGAGAGUUUUGCUACCACUGUGCUUAAGCCUCUGAUUCCUUCAUAUUAUGAAAUUAUACCCUCUUCUUUAAAGCCAUAAGAUUAGAAAUCAGCCCCAUGUCUUUGAAGAAUAUCAAAUCCAAAUAAAAAUAUGGCCUUUGUUGGACAACAAAUUUUUUUGGGCCCAACAAAGGUAACCAAAAUUACAAAGGUAGAGGAAAGAACAACUUUGGUGGUCAACGUUUCUUCAACUCUCGAGGACGUGGGUUUGUUCAAACUAGCUAGAUCAGUAAUGUGGGUUGUGGGAUGCCCCAGAAAGUGGCGCUGCACUUCCUAUGCGACACAUGGAUCAAGGCCUCCAACAAGAUUCCCAGAUACAACAGUCAGCUCAGACACUUCGAGAAAAAUGUUAAAUUUGUGGGAAACUUGGACAUACUGCAUUGAAGUUUUGGCAUCGAUUCAACUACACGCACCAAGUAAAAGAUAUUCCUCAGGCCCUUCCUGCAAUGACUAUAGCUGAUUCACAAGAUUCAGAAUGGUUCUCGGACACAGAUGCCUCCACUCAUAUGAUAGGAGAUCCAGCGCUCAGGUUCAGGGGGAACUAUCCACCUAUGUGUUCCCCACCUAUGCAGAAUGGUCAGAGUGUUAUGAGUCUGACAUACAUGCUCCUUCCUCUUCUGAUUCAUCAGUUCUACAUGAACCACCUAUACGGGGGCGCCUUUCAUGUAUCUGGUACCUCAGGUCCUUCUUUGCCCAUCACCAAUGAUAGCUCUCCAACUUCUCUUAUAGAGGGAGAUGUUACCACUGCAACACUGAACCAAGAUGUACAUGAUGAUGCAACACAUAAUCAUGGUGAUAAAAUUGUUGCCACUCAAGAAACCAACCAAUCUACUUUUUUACCAGCCUCUGAGUAUCCUCAUCAUCACAUGGUCACAAGAUCUCAAGAUGGUACUCGAAGACCUCGGAUUCUCCCAUCAAUGGCAGCAACCUCAGAUACUCUUACUAUCAAAGCUAUUCCUUCUGAACCUAAAACCAUUAAGUCUGCCUUGGGACAUCCAGGUGGCAUUGUGAGAUGGAAGAAGAAAUUGAAGCCCUCCAUAUUAAUUCAACUUGGGAGCUAGUUCCGCGUCUUCCAGGUAUAAAUGUUAUUGGUUGAUGUUGGGUCUAUAGGAUCAAAUUGAAGUCUGAUGGCAGUCUAGAAAGACUUAAAGCCAGACUUGUGGCUAAAGGAUACAAUCAGGUUACUGGAAUUGAUUUCUCUAAAACAUUCAGUCCGGUUAUUAAGCCUGCUAGUAUUCAAAUUGUGCUCACCAUAGCUAUUGUGUGCCAUUGGCCUAUCAAACAACUUAAUGUGAAAAAUGCUUUCCUGCAUGGUUUUCUUGAGGAACCUGUAUUUAUUAAACAACCUCCUUGAUUUGUGAGCUCAAAAUUUUCAAAUCAUAUAUGCAAAUUGAGAAGAGCUUUAUAUGGUCUCAAGCAAGUACCUCGGGCCUGGUUUGAUCGAUUUAGUGCUUAUUUAUUACCAUUGGGGUUUCAUUGCAGCAUAACUGAUUCAUCUUUAUUUAUUUAUCGCACUACUCAAGACACUAUUAUCCUUCUCCUUUAUGUUGAUGAUAUUAUUGUUACUGGUGAUAAUUCAGAUCUUCUAGAAUGAUUCAUUUCCCAACUUAGAACGAAAUUUGCAAUGAAAGAUCUUGGACCUCGUCACUACUUUCUUGGCAUAGAAGUAUCUUAUUUUUCAAGUGAGAUUUUUCUCUCACAAAGCAAAUAUGUCUGGGAUCUUCUUGAUCGUGCUUAGAUGCUCAAUGCCAAACAUAUUUCAACAUCAAUGGCAAUGAAAAAUAAUAUUCAUGGGAAUUCUGAUCCAUUUCUUGAUCCAUCUCUUUAUCAGAGCAUUGUUGGUGCACUUCAAUACAUUACCAGAACACGGCCAGACCUUUCCUAUUGUGUUAAUAUCAUGUGUCAAUUUAUACAUGCCCCUACAAUUGCCCAUUUUCAGGCAGUCAAGUGGAUUCUUUGUUCUCUCAAUGGUACACAAUUAUGUGGUAUAAGAAUCUUCUCUACUAGUUCCCUUGAGUUAUAUGCCUUUUCUGAUGCAGACUGAGCUGGGUGUCCAACCAUUUGUCGGUCAACUACUGGUUUCUGCACCUAUCUUAAUUCCAACUGCAUAUCUUGGAGUGCUAAGAAACAGUCGAAUGUGGCUCGUUCCAGUGCUGAAGCAGAAUACCGAUCUAUGGCAUCUACUGCUGCAGAAUUGACGUGGCUUUCUUUUAUUCUUCGGGAUAUUGGGGUGCCUCUUCCUCAACCACCAACACUUUUUUGUGACAAUAUUAGUGCUCUCUACAUGACAAUUAAUCAUGUUUUUCAUGCAAGGACAAGCACAUUGAGUUAAACUAUCAUUUUGUAUGUGAAAAGGUUGCUCUUGGAUUACUUAUCACUCGUUUUGUUUCCUCUCGCAAUCAAGUCGCUGAUAUCUUCACUAAGCCUUUGCAAUCAAGU